GAAGAGGAAGGAGCCGUCUGUCCAGCCUUAUACAAAGAGGAUCUUAUAGACAGAACCGAGGCUCCUAUUCAAGACGAGCUGGUUUUCAGGAACAAAGAACAUCACCAGCUUUCACACAAAGAGGCAGACCUGCAGGUCGCUACGGGCAUUCGAGAAGCUCCUUCUGGAAGAUGA